AUGGCUGAGAGGAAGCAGUCUGGCCGGCAGGGCGAGGAAGAAGAAGUGCCGGCCUUCUUCAAAAACCUGGGCUCAGGCAGUCCCAAGCCCCGGCAGAAAUUCUGUGGCAUGUUCUGCCCGGUGGAAGGCUCCCUGGAGAACAAGACCAUCGACUUUGACUCCCUCUCGGUGGGCCGCGGAUCUAACAAAGUCGUGGCAAAGCAGAAGGAUGUUGCCCACCUGGGUCCGGAUGCUCAGUCCGUCUAUUCCAGGCAGAGCGGGAAGGGAGGGGAACCAUCUGUUGAUUUCGGGAGAAAGGUGGAGAUCAGGAGUGCCACUGGGAAGGAGGCGCUGCAGAACCUGAAUGACAAGAGUGAUCGUCUUUUGAUCAAAGGUGGUAAAAUAGUUAAUGACGACCAGUCUUUUUAUGCAGACAUUUACAUGGAAGAUGGGUUGAUAAAGCAAAUAGGAGAGAAUCUGAUUGUGCCAGGGGGAGUGAAAACUAUUGAAGCCCAUGGCAGGAUGGUGAUUCCUGGAGGGAUUGACGUUCACACCCGCUUCCAGAUGCCGGAACAAGGGAUGACAUCUGCUGAUGACUUCUUCCAGGGGACCAAGGCUGCACUGGCUGGGGGCACCACCAUGAUCAUCGAUCAUGUGGUUCCUGAGCCAGGGACCAGUUUGCUGACUGCGUUCGACCAGUGGCGAGAAUGGGCAGACAGCAAAUCCUGCUGCGACUACUCUUUGCAUGUGGAUAUCACCGAGUGGCAUAAAGGUGUCCAGGAGGAGAUGGAAGCUCUGGUUAAAGAUCAUGGUGUGAACUCCUUCUUGGUUUACAUGGCUUUCAAAGAUCGCUUUCAGCUAACUGAUUCUCAGAUAUAUGAGGUCCUGAGUGUAAUCCGGGAUAUUGGUGCGACAGCUCAAGUGCAUGCUGAGAAUGGUGACAUCAUUGCUGAGGAGCAGCAGAGGAUCCUGGAACUGGGGAUCACAGGCCCUGAAGGGCAUGUGUUGAGCAGACCUGAAGAGGUGGAGGCAGAGGCUGUGAACCGGGCAAUAACCAUCGCCAACCAAACCAACUGCCCCCUUUAUAUCACCAAGGUGAUGAGCAAAAGUGCCGCUGAUGUCAUUGCUCAAGCCAGGAAAAAGGGCACUGUGGUGUAUGGAGAGCCCAUCACAGCCAGCUUGGGUACCGAUGGAUCUCAUUACUGGAGCAAGAAUUGGGCUAAGGCGGCAGCUUUUGUUACUUCCCCACCACUGAGUCCUGACCCAACCACUCCUGAUUUUCUCAACUCGCUACUGUCCUGUGGAGACCUCCAAGUUACUGGCAGUGCCCACUGCACCUUCAACACUGCUCAGAAAGCUGUUGGGAAGGACAACUUUACCCUGAUCCCUGAAGGAACCAAUGGGACUGAAGAGAGGAUGUCCAUCAUCUGGGAUAAGGCUGUGGUGACUGGCAAGAUGGAUGAGAACCAGUUUGUCGCUGUGACCAGCACAAAUGCAGCUAAAAUCUUUAACCUGUACCCACGGAAGGGCCGUAUUGCAGUGGGCUCGGAUGCUGAUCUGGUUAUCUGGGAUCCUGACAGUGUCAAGACAAUCUCUGCCAAGACUCAUAACAUAUCUCUGGAGUACAAUAUCUUUGAAGGCAUGGAGUGCCGUGGGUCUCCCCUGGUGGUUAUCAGCCAGGGGAAGAUCGUGCUGGAGGAUGGGAAUCUCCAUGUCACCGAGGGAUCUGGACGGUAUAUCCCCAGGAAACCAUUCCCUGACUUCGUUUACAAGCGCAUCAAAGCAAGGAGCAGGCUGGCUGAGCUGCGGGGUGUGCCUCGAGGCCUCUACGACGGACCUGUCUGUGAAGUGUCAGUGACACCGAAGACGGUCACACCAGCGUCUUCAGCUAAGACGUCUCCUGCCAAACAGCAGGCCCCACCCGUGAGGAACCUGCACCAGUCUGGAUUCAGCUUGUCUGGGGCACAGAUUGAUGACAACAUCCCACGCCGCACCACUCAGCGCAUCGUGGCACCGCCCGGCGGACGUGCCAACAUCACCAGCUUGGGCUAAGGACCGACCCCUUCUGUGCCCGCCUAGCGGACCAGGGGACGGGGGCACCUGGAGACCCUUUUUGAUUCUUUUAGAGCCUGUGACAGUUACUGCGGGCAACCAGUGAGGGGGGGCUGAAGUAAGGCGCCUCUUUCAGUCCCCUCAGAUUCCCUCCUCAUCUUCACCAACCCCUCUCACUUCCCCCCUCAGCCCCUACACAUUUAAAGAAAUAAACCCUGUUUUGACACCUCUGACAUGCAAAAGUAAAUGUAAAGAGGAUGUUUGAGAUAUGUGGCCUCUGUCCCAUUCAGCAUCUUUCUUUUAAUAAAGGAAGGAUAAAGUGAAUUUCCCGGGAGCUGCCUUUAAGACACACACAAAAAAGGAAUCAAUAAAUAAUAAAUGUAAAAAAUAGCUUUUUUUUUUUUUAAUGUCAAGCAGAAGAGUAGUUCAAGGGUUUUAAACUGGAUAUUCUAUAGGGUUCUGUGUUCCAGCAGAAUAGCUAGGCAAGCACGGAGGGACACGAAUCCCAGCCUGUCUGUAACCAUUCCCCACCACCGCCUUUGAGGUCACUGUAUAGCUAUCUGCUGCCAAGAGAGAGAAACAGGAUCCAGCACUAGGAAUUGACAAAGCGCAUCGCACCCAGCCAUCGGGUGAGCUAGAAUCGUUGGGGACUUUGGUUCUGUUGGGUUUUUUCAUUUUUUUUUUUUCCUUCUGGAUUUUGCUGCAAAUUAGGUCCUUGAGGAAACUUUUUUUUUUAAUUUUGUGUGUGUGUUUUUAAUAUGUUUGUAUCAUUGUGUUUA